AUGGUUGGAUAUGGCGGUGGAGAGCUAGAGCUUGAGAGGUGUGUUCGUGAAGCUUAUGGCAGCGAUGCUCAGCAAUGCGGCCGUGAUGGCCGCUUAAGAUGGAAACUCCCCGAGAACCUCAUUUCUUCAAGCCUCUUCUUCCUGGUUUUCAAAGUGGCGUGGUAUUCUCAGUUCUUGAAGUCUAUUUUUCCUUAUUUUGCAAUACCACUUGACUUCUACUCAAAACACAUACAAGGGGCUGAGAUCAAUAAACCAUGGAAGCUAAGAUCGGACGCUUCGGAUCAAAUUUGGGAGGUGAUCCGAGAAGGCAGGACACUCACCAAAGGUUGGAAAGAGUUCACCGAAGCACAUGAUCUUCGAAUCGGUGACAUUGUCAUCUUCAAACACGAAGGAGACAUGGAAGAAGCCGACGCGGAUGAUGCUCCUACUUUCUCAUACGACUACUGCUUCUUGGCUGAGGUUACUGCUACAAAUCAAAAGGACGACAAAAUGUUUCUUCCUGUGGAAGCUAUGUGGUGUGGUGCUUUGAACCAACAAUGCAAAGAGGUCAAACUUGUCAACAAGGAGGGAAAGUCAUGGACUGCGAGCUUCGGAUUUAGCGAAUCAGACGGCGCAUAUUACAUCAGCAGAGGGUGGAGAAAGUUCUGUCGUGAUAACAGAUGCACCAACGGAGCUUUGUUUGUGUUCAACGUGGUUGGAGACGGGACGACAACUCCAUUACUGUGUGUAUGUACGGAAAGGAAGGAGUGUACUGAACUACUGAUCAACCACUUCAGCAGAAUCGAUGGUAGCAUUGCUUCUACCUCACGAAAUUAG